GUACUAACUAGAGCAACCCCUCUAUCUAUAUAUCCUAUUCCACUCCCGCCCGCCGCUCGAGUAACCUCAUUCGCACCACCGCCAACCCCUAAGAUGUCGCGCACGACAAUGGAGUCGCCGCCAUCCGAGAUCCCGGUGGUCGAAUUCGACUUCGACAAGACGAACCUCGACCUGAACUUCCUCACGAUCGACGAGUUCUGUGCUGAGCUAGCAACAUUCACGACGCCGCCUUUGACGCCGAACCGGGGGAACACGCCCGCGCCGGCGCCCUCCCUCGAGCCGAUCCAGCACUCGACCUCGAUCACGACGCAGCACGUCAAGGACCUGUACGAGCUUUUGCAGUCGCGCGAGUACCGGCCGUACCUCCUCACCGUCUCGUUCGCGGAGGAGGACGCGACGCCAGAGUCCGGCGUGCCGGCGUUCGCGUCGGCGAUCACGGUCGAGUGCAAGUCUGCCGGCGUCAAGCUGAAGACCCUGCGUCCGCCUGGAGGCUGCUUCCCGAAUAAGAGGCUGGCGAAGGAGGCCGCCUGCGGCGUCGCGAUAGAAUGGCUCAAAUCUAUGCCCGAGGAAUUGGAGCGCCUGCAGUUGGCGAAUCCCCCAGAGUCGUCAAGCAAUCCCAAAACUGAGCCGGGGGAGUCCGUUAACUGGGUCGGCAUGUUAGCAAGCUACUGUCAAAUCGGCCCCAACUCGAACGCGCCGCUAUACACAUACUACCAGUCAGCAGCGUCCACACCGCUCGUGUUCUCGUGCCAAGUGAGCGGGAUCCAGACGGUAGGCAGCGAAAAGGUGUUUGGCAGCAAGACGAAAUUCCACUCCAGCAAGAAGAAGGCGCGCAUCCACGCCGCCAAGGCCGCCAUGACCUUCAUCGACGAGAACCAGAUCGCGCCUGCUGCCGCGGUUAAGAAGGGUAGCGCGGGGGGUUCUGGGGGUGGUGGUGGUGAUGCGAAGAAGACUCCACCCAACGAGCGGAGCACGACGACGCCUGCCGCCGCAAUCGUAGCGGGCGCAAAUUUCGUAGGCAAGGCGCCGCCGCUGGAGCCCGGGUCAACGAUCACGAUCCCGUUGGCAGCCACGAUCCACGAGACGGUGGCGCUGGUGUGUCCGCAGCUCGGGCUGUCCCUGCCGGAGUACAUUCUUGCGUGCGACGAGCACACGCCGGCGCUCUACGACAUCACGGCGGUGCUGCGGCGGGCCCCGCCGAAGCGCGGUGUGCGCAUCGGCCCAAUUAAAGGCGUCUAUGGGAAAAAGAAUGCUCGCGACCGUAUUGCGAACUCGGUCUUUACCUUCCUCAAGAAGGAGGCGGAGAAUUGUCGUGUCGUCAUGAAGGUCGAUGGCUCUUAGAAAGACUGUUGGUAACUUGCUUGGUGUGUAAUGGCGCUGGUGCGAUGCGAUGGGACGGUUGUGUGUGUAUGGUGGGUUCCGGAGAGUAGAUAUUCCUCCUCGUGGAUGACGAUGUUGAUAUCUAUCGGAGGAUAAAUAGUCAUGUCUUUUAGUAUGGGUUUGUUCACGGGUGUUCUCGGGGUUGACUUAUUGCGCUUCUUCUUUCUUCUUUUCUUCUUUCUUUCUUUCUUUCUUUCUUUCGAUGUGCUUACAAUGCCAGCACGAAAUGGUUUCUUCUCAUUUUUCUUACUGCCGCUAUCGUUCCUCCAGCAAAGCAAGCAAGCAAGCAUACAGCAAAGUGAAACAGCAUUGAUUCAUU